GCCGUAAUACGGGUUAUACCGGUUGUUGAAUAAGAGGUUGUAGUGUCGCGCUUUUGCUCGGCCUCUUGUUCUCCCCAAACCAAAAGUUUAGGUUGAGGUUUGCCUAUGUGGUCCAUUCCAAGUAAGUACAUUUGACUCUUGACUUUUUGACUUUUGUGAAUUUGAUUCUUGAACAAAAAAUCGUUGAAAAAAACUCCGUAUUCCGCCCGGUGAAAAUGUUGUCGCGAUCCCAGCGCCUCGCGGAGAUGGAGCGGGAAAAGUCGCAGAUCGCAAAGUUAGAAAGGCACCUGCAGCAGCUGAAAGGCGCCGAGGAGGCCAAAAGCAUGUACGACGACGAUGAAGCAGAGGACGAAGAGGAAAGCGAAAGCGCCGCCGCCGAAAUGGAUGAGAGAAUACCCAUGGCGAAGAAGAAUUUAAACGAGGUGAACGCCUCAUCGAAAAAUUAUGGGCCACCACACGCAGGCAACAUGGGAGAGUACUUACGAUUUCUUGAUUUUGAAAGAUCAUGAAAUAAAGGUUGCACAAUAGGAAUAGAAAUGAUACGCAUGAUCUUCCAUCAAGAACAACGGGCGCCGGCAUUGCGCUACUUAUUUUGCUAGAGUGGUUCUGGUCAUGAGAUGAGAAUAAACAAUGUAUCCAGCCUCACAACGGCUACGGAAGACGAGUCCGCGUGGCCGAACCGUAUCCAGGAAAAAACACCCAUUCCCAGCCAAUUUGUCAUGCAAAACAUGCAUAAAGUCCGCUAUUUGUGAUUCAGAAAAUGGAUCAUGGGGAUGGCUGUUUUUUCCUGGAUAAACCGAUCCUCCUCCGCACACGACCCCGCGGUGGACCAAACCUACCCAAGCAAAGGAACCAGCAGCAGUGGGCUCGAGGCCUCCGAAACUGCCUCGGUGGCCGAAUUGUUGGCGAUUCACGAAGAGCUGACGUCGCUAGAUCCGCGUUUGACCUCCAUGCGCGUAGAAGAACACCCAAUGCUCGUCCUCCCGGAAGAUGAAGUAGGACGAGGAGCAGCUGCAAAUGCUGAAGCAGGAGGUUGCUCUAUGUUGGAGCCCGCACCCCAGAGCACGACGAGCGAGCGCCACCGAGGUAGUGGUAGUGCAGCCACAGCAGAUGCAGAAGUAGACCCCUCGGACCUCCGUGUGCAGCGAACAGCUGCUGGCAGUAAGAACGCAUCCGGCUCGCGCAGUCCGGGGGUCCGGAAGAUGCUGAGUAAGCCGCUCUUGUAUUACCCGAACAGUGGCUCGAGUCCGAGCACGACGCAGCGACCUGGUGCCACUACUGGUGUUGCGUUGUCUCUGUCGCAGCAGGAACAAGACCAAGAACUACUACACGAGCAGCCACAAUACGUUAGCAAGAAACCGCUGCCGACUCUGUCGCCCGCGCCGGAGGCCUUUUCCACGGCCCGGGAGUGCAAUAUGGCGUUCUCAACUGUUACAUUCUCAACUGUUACAGCAUGGAUUUGUGAUGCGAGAAUGGCAAUAGUCAAAGGGGCAAGCUUGCUGCUUUCGCAUCACAGACUUGGCACAGAUUUAAAUGCUGUCUAGCCUCUCGGAGAUUUGUCAUGCGAAGCAGCUUGAUCAUCUGGCGGCUUAAGGUAGUCUUGCAUGGCAAGUUCAUGUAACAGCUGAAAAUGUAACGUUUGAGAAUGCAAUAUGCAACAGCCCGGACCUGCGUUUGCAAACGUUUCGGCCAGCGGAUUCGGAGCCGCGAUUUCUGGAGUCGCCCCCGACCUCCGAGGUCGGAGCGCGUAUCAUUCGCGGGCCGACGAGUAAGAACGCACUGCUGCUGCCCUCGGAUGACAUGGUAUUAAGUAUCUAUGACUAUGUCUGACGAGUUGCAUGAUUACUAUUAGCUUUCUUGCCAGGCGGAGGCAUGGGCAUGAAUGCAAUAAAUUUGAAUUAAAUGGAUAGAUGCGAUAUGCAGACACGGAGGUCGAUUUUCGUGUGUUGAUUGUUCGCGCUCUGCAUGUUGAUUGUUCACGAUGAUGAAAGUGAAACACAGAAUUAGAAAAGUCAGAUUUAUUGGCAGUAUAAGGAUACGUACAAUAACACUAACAAUACACGUGCAGGGCCGCCACCGCAGCAGCGUGAGCACAACGAGUUUAAUGUUUCGCAUCGCCCGGGAUUCUUGUGUCGAGGUCGACCCACCCGAAGUGCUGGAAAAUUUAGAAAAACCGGUGGCGGAGACCCGGCAAGAAGGAGCGUCGAUGACGAUACCACAGGAAGAACAAAGCCAGCACUUGUUACACCACCAGCAUCAAAUGGUCGAAGUGCCCGUGUUGGAGAUCAGCUCGUCGAGCUCUGCGUCUCCAGUUUCCGUCGAGGUCGAGGUGGAGGUCGAUCAUGAUAAUGAUGCUGGACAACUACAGCUACAGGCACAGCCUCCGGAUGAAGAAGCGAGUCGUGGUGGAGCAGGAGCAGCUGCUCUAUCAACCUCAAAACAAGACCUGCUGUCUAUGGCGUUCUCAACUGUUACAUUCUCAAGUGUUACAUGAUUAUUUUCUGAUGCAAGAAUGGGAAAAAUGAAAGGGGGAAGGUUGCACCUGUAGGAUUACAAAUUCCGCACAGAAGAUUUCGGUGCGGUUUAGCCCUUCGCAAAUUUGUCAUGCGGAGCAGCUUGGAGGUUGCGAAUAUGAUGAUGGUACUUUUGCAUGACAAGACCCUAGAUCUCCUGCGUCCGAAGCUGCUUGCGGCGACGGUGCAAAGGUUUUUGAUGUGGUGCAGUCGGGUAUGCGUGACAAAUUUAUGUAACAGUUGAGAAUGUAACACUUGAGAGCCCCAUACUGUCCUCGAGCUCCUCGUCCGUCGAGCUACUACCUAUCGGAAGUAGAAGUACAGCAUACGAUCCUGUUGCCGUGGUCGCACGGCAGCAAGACCUGGUACUGGUCAACGCCGGUAGCGUGAUGGUGCAAAAUGCAGCUGCGGAUAGAGCACAAGCGACCGUCGGAAAUCAAGCAGAACAGCAACGUGCAACCGAAAGAACAGCACCAGCUGCGCGAAACUUUUCACCUCCAGCAGGAGGUGGAGCACCAGCUGCGAAAAAGACUCCUGAUGAAGCCUCUCCGAAGUGGACCAGCAUCGAGGAAGCGCGGAGGAGCUACCAGCGCGAGAAAAUCAACCGUAAGAGUCAAGAGGAGCAGCGGAAAUCUGUGGAGGGGCUAAUGUUGCCGCAAGGAGCAGGAGGAGGUCCUGGGCGGGCCUCUUUCCAGACCGGACGCCAGAGCUUCGGCGAGGGUGGAGAUCAAGAUGAUUACCAUGAUUCGGGAGUACUAGCAGAGCAAGUCGUGCAAGAAAACCAUGAUGUGGAAGAUGAUAGUGCAGAUGCGAGAGAGCAGGUGCAACUACUCGGCAAGUCGCAGGAGCAAAGCAGUAGUUCUACUUCACAGCCCCCGGGUAUGGUCACGUCUCAGAAGUCCGGGGCGGUAGCGUUCUCGGUGCCGUUCGGAUCUACUGCUGCACCACCUGCGGCUGAAACAAAUAAAACAGCAGGCGGCACUGGAGCUGCUGGAGCAAACCAUCCUCACCCUGUAGGAGCCUCUUCUGCGCCGCCGGUCAAGAUUGUUCCCGACCACCUUCCGGUGACAACCCGGGUGGAACCAAAUCCAAAUUUUUUCGCCACCGCGACUGAGGAACAGAAAGCUAGACGCCGCUCGCUGUCCAGUGACAGCGCGAGACAGCAGCACAAGUCGCCCGUUGGUAAUAACAAGCAAGCUGGUAAUGUGCCACAGAAGAGUCUCGACGAUCAGGCUGCAGACGGAGCCACUAGUACUGCUGGAACAGCAGCUCUGCAAGCAGGUUCAUCGACGCGGCGCAUGUCCUUCGAAGCUCCCAGCCGCACGACAUCAUCCAUCGACCCGAGAACGGGUGAGAAAGUGGUGAUUCGACGGAACCAAGCGCCCUACGCCGUGCGCAGAACCGUGACACGAAGCCGAUCACCACAGCUGAAGUCAAGAGACGGAAUUGCUACUUCUAGCAAUCCUAAUAUGAUAACAAGUUCAUCUUCCAGCAGCAGUUAUACGAACAACACAACUAGCAGACAGGAGCAGCUAAUUGGGCCGCGGGAAGGUCUCGCUAUGUCCGCUGGCGGCGGGGUCCUGCUAGUCACGACGGAUGGUGAUCCGCAUGAUCGAGGUGGCGAAGACGCCUACAUCAAAGACGCCUCGUCGAAGGAGACGAUACUCGUUGCGUCAAGGAGGAGCGGAGAUCAUGUUGAUCAUGUAGCAGAUGAAACCGAUAAAAACCACCAGGACGAGGCUCUUGGUUUGAUGCAAGAUGAACUUCUAGUACACCGGGACAGCCAAGAAGACCUCCAUCAAGAUGACAAUUCGAACCUUUUCGGCAACACCCUGACCUAUUCGAUGGAUUCGGACAUGAAGCUUGGCAGCUGCCGUCCGAACCUCGCCGCAGAGAUGCGCAUAGUACCGAGAGCAGGAGAUCAUGUUGCUCAUGGCGCGGCAGAUGAAGAAAGCCGCGAACAUGUUGACGAUGUCGCAACAGACUUAGAGGUGAACUACGAAACAACCUCUGGCGCAGGACCUGCAUCCAGCAGCCGACUAGGUGGGUUUUCCUCCUCUCCGCACGCCGCAGCGCGCAGUGCGUUUACCGGCACGUACCGCAGCCGGGUAAACGACGAUAAUAACUCUAUUUCCGGUGACGAUCUGACGACAAACAACAUGGCGCAGCCGCAAAAGUCGAGACUCGUAGCGCCGCCAUGGCAAGAAGAGGUAGUAGCGUCUUCGUCCGAAGGUGUUGGUGGAGGUUCUGCUGCUGCAUCAAUCGGAAGUAGAAGUAAAAUCUCUUCCUCGUCGGCCGCGUCGACCACCACCAACAGAUUGCAACAGGCUCCUUCAGCUGCUCCUCAGCACGACAGUUCCGCUCUUUAUUCCGCUCCGGUGUUUCUAGAAGACGAUCAAGUGAUCAACGAAGCCGAUGCCGUGAUGGAAGAGACAAAACAGCUACUAAACAAACACAGCCACCGCAAACUACAGAUGCUGGACGAAGAGGUCGUCCGCGGGAGAAGCGAUGAGACUUCAGCAGGCGAGCGAAAUGCAAUAGCACAGAGACAGGCAACAGGUCAAGGAACUGAAGACAAACCUCCAGCCGGGCACGGCGAAGUCGAAGAAGAUGUCGUCGACCCCUUCGGCUUGGCUGAUUCGCCGAAGCCGAUGAAGGUGCACAUUGGGAAGCGGGAGGUGAAACCCCGGGGCGACACGAGCCAGGGCAUCGAAGAGCUGCCGGUGCUUCGCAUAGGUAGUCAGCAUUUGAACAGCAGUUCCGAAGUCGACAAUUACCAGGAGACGGACUACAGCAACCACGACCUGUUCCACCCGCAGCCCUUUUCCCUCGCAAGCUCUGCCGCGAGCUCGCGGCUGCGCAGCUUCCGCGAGGCGGUGAUCCAGGAGAAGGGAGGAGCGUCCAACUCCAAUUCGGUUUCGGAAACCGAGAUCUUGAACAAGGGAGGUGCAGUUGUUGCUGGUGCGUCUUCUUCUAAUGUUGCUGGAGGCACGACUCCUUCAUCUGCUGAACCGUUCUACGCGAAGUCGAUGUCAUCUGUGCUCGAAGUUGUUGGGAAGGAGAAGCUAGUCGCCGCAAUGGCCGCUUCAACAACGUCUGCUACAGGAGCAAACAAGCCAGAAGGCGAUAAUUCUAAUUCACCCGUCAGAUGCCAGUCCCCGCAACUGGCCGCCAGCGCGAGCCGGCUUUUGCUCGGCAAGCCCAAAAUGACACGAACUUUGGCUAGUUGUACUGAGAUGAACAGUGGUCAGUCUCAGUUCCUACCCGGCACACGGGUGGGUCAUCACGUCGGGGGCGGGUCAACAUUUACGGAGUUGGAGGUUGCGAACAAGGACAAAGGCCAUAAUGGUGCAACUGAGCUACAAGCUGGUGCGGCAAGUAAUUCUAAUUCAUCCUCCGCGUCCAGCUCCAGUACAAGCACAACAACCCGUAUCCGCGCUAACUCCGACCUGGCGGCGCUUGGCACAACCGGAGGAGCUGCUGCAGCUACACUGAACAAUAAGCAGACCGUCGUGAGAAUUGGCGGCGCAAGUCGGGGUCACCAGAGUGCAACGACCUCCACCCGGGAUCUGCUCCACAACCAGCAGCUCCGGUGGUCGACCGCCUCGACGCCGACGCCCAUCAACAUUGGACGGAACAACACGCCAAAUGGGGUCACAAAAAGCUUCUUUGGAGGCGGGAAAAAUAAUUGUAACCUUCAUUCACACAAACAACUUCAACUCGGUGGUGGAAAGAAUCCACCCAUUACAACAGCCGCUGGACAACAAGGUGGUGGUCCAUCCUCCUCCCAAACGCUGUCGCACAGCUCCUCGGCGAGCAGCUUGCUCCGUGUCUCCGCAACGACCUGGGGCACGCCACUGCUCGCUUCCCGAAGUCUCCAACUCGGUCCUACGCCGUUGCUCGACAGCCGGGGGAGUACUUGUAGUUCUGGGAUAAAUAAGCACUCGGCUUCUUCUGCGCAGGACCCUCUGGGAUCCUUGUUCCGUGACUCGGCGGACCGACUUAAGCAGAUUGUCGUAGGAAACAAUCCCAGCUCUGCGUCUAGUACGCCCAUGCAAGAGGUUGAACAAAAUCAGCUACAGCCUGCAAGAACUACUAGUGGCCUCACGCCCAACGCGAGCGACGUUCUUGUUCGGAAGAGCAAUUCAGGAUUGAUUGCUUCUGGUUCCGGCGCAACUGGAACUGAUUCAUCUGCAUUACAACAGGAGGGAAUUGUGGAUGAUCAUGCUCAGAUUCCCCUUGCCGAAAAUGUCGUUGUGGUCUCUCUGCCACCUGAAAACAGCGAGACCGACCAGAAUCUGUCUUCUUCGGCUGAAAUAAGCUCGUCGUCUGGCGCGGGACCGUCAAAGAACGCGGUUGUGGAGACGAAAAAACAGUUUAUGUACUACAACGACCGCUAUAAUCCGCAAUCUUACGCCUCGAAUUACCCCAGGAGUGUCAAUGGGACGCCUAGCGAUGGACUGGUGACGGAGGUAUGCUUUGGUAGUUCUAAUGGACGAUGACUAGUGCAGCAGCUUCCCGUGGACUUCCUAUUUUCAGUGGAGAAGAUCAAGAUUCAUUCUGAUUGCAGCUAGCCAUGAUAUGAUUGAUUUGAACAAAUAUAAAAAAUCACGCAAGAAUAUAAACUUGAACGAAGAUGAUAUUUUUUGAAACUACAUCCAACGAACUCUAAGGGCUCGAAGGCUUCUGUGCAGACGCUCCCGAACGCCUCGAAAAACUCUGUUCAAACCAUCGACCUGGCAAAGCCCGGCUCAAAGGACCACCAGGACCAGAUUCUGAUCGGGUCGUCCGGUGGUGUUUUGAAAGGUAGCAAUGGCAGCUGCAGCACCACAACUGCGCAGCACCAGAACGCUAUCGCCACGACACCUGCAGCUGCACUAGUGGGCGACAGUGCCGGUACAGCGACAGAAGUACCACAACACCCGACUAGCGAAAGUACGACCGCUACGUCGAUUUACCGGCGGUUGUUAAACCAGCGAAAGCUUUCCGAGCACAGCGAAGACGGAAGGAUUUUGACAACGGCGGGGGCAGGAGGUAUAGGUGUUGCAAAUGCAGCUCCGCAUCCAGUUGUUGCUCAAGGUCAAGGUCUGCAGCAAGCGAGUUAUUUCAACGCCAACAACAACGUAGCGGGCGGCAGCAGUUCAAGUUCUUCGUUACUUCUGCCCAGUAUUGGCACUCCAGCCGUGAAUGCUGUGACCGCUUCGACAAUGACAAAUUUCGGCUCCGUUUCGGGCGUGAUUGCAGCAACGUCCGUACAAGUGAAAAGACACAGCGCGGCGGCCGCAGCGGGUACUAGUGAGGUAGGAUUUGUUGAUCCGAACUCCAUCCCAUCGAAGCCAGUGAACAAUACGCGAGUGCGAAAGCUGGUCGUGAAUCCAACAGCAGAAUUUGCAGUGCAGCACGCUCCAAAUGGUGGCGGAGGUUCAUCGGCUUUCCCGGCCCCAACUAUCGGACCCGUCGUUUCAGGAGGGGUAGUUGGUCCCGGUACAACAACUAUGGCCGCACCAGCACCGGAAAACGUGGUAGUGUUGGGCUCGUCCGGAUCAGCAACGUCAUCCGCCUCAUCUUCGCCAUUCGUUGCCCAUCCGGCUGCUCCUGGGGUGGCCGGCGCACCUACCGUUUUUGCCGCGGGAACGGCGCCCACGACCCAACCCGGCACAGCGCUUCUCGAGACCGAGGGCAUGGAGUGGGUUGAGAAGAGCGCGACAGAGCCUACAGAAACAGUAUAGAUACGUCUGUCUUUUUUGCAAUAGACGCUCGUCUUUCUUGCCCUGUUACAGUGGCGUAAAGGAAUUGCAGUCAGCACUGUGAUAUUUUUGACAUGACAAGAAGAAUAUAAAUGGUGUACACCCGCCACACUUCUACCAUCCAAUUUGAUCAGGAAGAAGAGGUGGAGGAGCGAAAACGCGCCAAGAAGAUGGAGAAGAUGGCCAAGAAGAUGGAGGAGCUCCGCAAGCGCAAAGAACAGGAAGCGUUAGAACGGAAGCAACGCUGGGAACAGGAGCGGCGCGAGCGACAGCAGUCACGGAACAUCAAACCGCAACAGCAGCAACCCACUCCCGUGGUCGUCCACGAGGGGUCGUCGAAUAAGAGUGGUAGAAUCGCGCCUCGCAGCACGGAGCACAUGAAGCCGGUACAGCAUGGUCGAGGGACAGCGGUCGGAACGGCGAGUGGCACUUCAGGUGCCAAUAAACCGUCCAAAGGAGGUAACGCAUCGUCGAGUUCCGCCUCCACCACCGCACACCACCGUGGUGGAGUUGAUAAAAAUCUCUCAACGAAGCGCAACGUGGUAUCAUCGCCGACCGAAGUUUUGGAGCAGUCCAUGGCUUCCUCAACCACGGCGUUGGAGCAAAACAGCGGCACCGCGAGCAGCUCGACAGCUGGCUCGACUAGUGCUACAGCUGUGCACGUCGGUGGGCGAGUGCUCAGUAGCCAGGAAAUCAAGGUACUUACAAUCGUGUAGUUCUAGUUUUUCUUUUUGUUGCUCAUCAUCAUAUGGAUAUCCAUCGAUGUGUUUGAAGAGAUCACGGAAAAUAGUUCUGACUGCAUCUGCACCAUCUCUAUGGACAAAAUUUAUCACACACCAGCCCUCCAACAUUCCUGCGCCCCCGGGUCGAAGCCCCAUCAUGAAUAGCCGCAAGGACCUUCGCGGCAGUACUCAACUAGCUGCACCGUCGGAAAGCAAAACCCAACUCCUGACGAAUAAAACCUCCAAUCCGCACCAAGCGAGCGCCAGUCGUCUUCACCAGCACCAUCCGGUGAGCGACCGGCUUCUCGGCACCCCGACGCCCGUGCAAGUUGAUGUAUCGCAGAACAGCGGCACCUCCCCCGCUGCGGAAGGACCAACACCUCCCGGGUCCACAACAUCUGCACUUGCACAGCCGGACGACAUCUCGCUGCGGAACCUGCUCCCCAAGCCCAACACCUACCCGGUGCCGAAGUGCAAGGAGAAGAGCAACCGGAAGCUGACGCGGAAUGCCGUGCUGCUGCUGUUGCAGGGCGAGGCGUCGCGGUCGCUGCGCGAAACCGUGCUGGCGCAGAUCGACGGGGUGCUGCAGGACGAGCGCUUCGUGAUCGUGUUCCGCGGCAUGCACAAGGGACGCCGGGACUUCCGCGCGCUGUACGCGCUGCGUGAGGGGCGCUGGGUGCGGGUCGCGCACCUGUUCCAGUGCCCGGCCUGCAUCUCCGACGAGAUGGUGGAGCGAUACUACCGCUUCGACACGGGUGGGCGCACGUUCAAGGAAAUCGAGGGCGCGUCGGAAAUCUCCGGGGCCGUGGACGCUGUGUUCCUCAAGCCCGAGUUCCUGCCGAAAGCACGGAAAAAUGCGUGAGCAUGUUGGCCGUCGAGUGGAAUGUUGGGAAAACGGGGGCGCUGGAGCGAGUUGGUCCUCGGGCCGGCUCCGGGGGCUGCAAACGAAUAGUUCACGAAGCUGUGAAGAGAUGAUUCCCGACAUAGUCCACGCACGAGUUGUACGUGAUGUUGGAAAGAUGAGGAAGGGGCCUGCGCCUGACACCACCAGAGCGGAAUGAUAAGGAUUUGGCAAAGAUACAGAGAAGAAAUAAUUGAGGAUUGAACCAAUAAAAACUUGCUUUGCGAGGAUAGAACAAGUCAGCGAAAAGAUAUCCCGCCAACCGCUGCGGUGCAAGCAGGAUUCAUAAAUUCGAACGAAUGUCGCCG